AUGGUAUUCAAGAUCCCAAAGGGGAAAUGGACCUUCACUGGAGGUGCAGUUAGAGAAAGACAAAAGCUGGCAACUGCCAUUCUGGUGUGGAAGAUUAACUUCCACAAGCAGAAACUGUUGAAGCAGGUGGACUUCAUGAACUGGCAGGUCACUGCCCAAAACCUGCACAAACUUCACGUGUUGUGGCCUUAUUGGUUGCAGCAGGACAACAUAUGCUACAAGCAGUUGAGCCAUCCAGUGCAUGAGCUGGCCUGGCUUCUGUAUGACCUGCCUAAGCGCAAUCUGUUUCACACGCAUACCUUGGCCACGCUGUUGGACAAGCUGUAUGAUCUUGGUCUGGUGCUUAUGCACAGCUUGCUCGCACGAAGUCAGCGAUGUCCUAAGUGCCUUGUCCUUCUCCACUGCAGCCUGCCCACUGUGCUCCUUAAGCUGCGCAUGAAGCAGCACCUCCAGGCUGCCCUGGCCUUCCAGGAGCUGAGCCAAGUGCCAUUAGUCACCAACCCCACCUUCCUUGUCAGAUGUAGCAUGGAGGACUGGGUUGACUUGUCCAAGAUCAAACAAUGA